UGGACGGAAAAGCAGCGCGCUCACUUAGACACUUUAUUGCAACUAAACAGAGUAGAAAUUCCCCUCAGCUUACCCACUGCAACCACACACACGAUCGCCUUGUUCCGGGCCAUGGAAAUGGAUGUUAAUCUGCGUAAAGCCAGCGCCAUUGAACUAAUGACCAUAUCGGCGGGCUCGUACAGCAACAACAAUAAAUUCAACAAUAACAACACCGCACCAUCAUUUGCCUUGCGUCCGGUCGCUCCAGGCACUCCGCCACCCCAUCGCAUCGGCUGUUGUGGCAUACUUGGCCGGUUGCUUUGCACCGGCACAGCCAAAACAGCCAGCAGCAGCAGCGACUAUAACAACUUGAAUAGCCUGCUACCUAACAACGGCGGCAAUCAUCAAGCGUUGCAUGUGAAUGUGCCGGCUACACCGAGUGCCGCGGCUGUCGUGUCGGCCGUAUGCAACUCGGGUCAUACGCGGCGUCCGCAGUCGCGUCGCACGCCGCAGGAAAUCUACUUCGAGAGCCGUGGCAAGUCGUGCAAGAAGCUACUAAAAUUUAACGGCUACUCAAACAAGACAAUUGUAGACUAA